GUCCGCUUGCCCAGUCCGUGCCCAGCGCCCACCUCACUCACUUGCCCCCCAGCCUCUCUCUCUCUCUGGCUCUUCCUCUGCAGCAGCUCACCAAUGUUGCUCACCCUCCCUUCACCCUCCUUCUGGCACCUCCUCCCCGUGUGUUGCUCGCGGUGCUUGUGAGAGAAAGUUUGAAAGGAAUUAUUGUAUUAGUGUGGCAUGAGCUGUUACUCUAAAGGAAAAGUGUUCGUGUACAUUAAGAAAACGUAUAUUGUUCAAAGUUCAUAAAAGGAACAAAUAGGAAAUAAACGAACAGGGAAUAGUGAACAGAGACGAAUAGAAAACAGAACAGUUGAAAAAGGUCAAAAACAUUAAGUAUGUGAAGACCCAGAUAGAAAAAAAAUAACAGUAUAUUUUAUCAUUAUUUAAUAUGAGGAUGAGGUUGUGAAGACUCGGAGUGAUGAUGAACCAGGAUGAACGGAUGAUGAAAUCGCGUUCCAUCAGUAACCUGGAAGACGCCUUUCUUCUUCGGAAGGUCACAUACGUGUUGCUGGAUCAUGAAGGCUUAAGAUAAAGCCUCUUGUUCUGCCGUGUGAUGGUGUCUGAAGAUGCCCCAAGGUGAGGCUGGCAGAGAUAUCGGAGAGUUUAUGAUCUCAGAAAGAUCCGUCGACGGUAAGAUCUGAUGGAACGUAAGAAAGAUCAUUUGUUUUGCAUCAGCUGCACAUCACACACUAUACACUCGUACUCUGGUUACCUCCCAGAGGAAGUCUUCAGGUAAACUGCCGAGAACCUGUCUACAUGACGACGUGACUGGUUACUCCUACAGGUGCGCCUCCAGCCGUACAAGAUGCCUCACAGUCCCAUUUCUCGCACCGACAGCGGCUCCGUCUCCGCCAUCAAAAACUUCCUCUUCGGCGGGGGGCUGGACACCUCCCGCUACCUGGGCGAGGACUCCGGGGGCGAGGCUAAGCGGGGGUUGAAGUCCCAAGUCUUCAAGAGCCAGAUACUCAGAUCUCAAGUCCUCAGACCUCAAGUCCUCAAGUCUCAGAUUAUCAAGACCAAGAUUCAGAGGUGUCCAGAGUACAACCCGGGAACACUCGAGGAAGACGCCAACUUUCCAAAUAACUUAAGACCUCUGAACACAGAGUCCAGUCAGGGGCAGAGUGGCCGGUUCCCUGUGACGAAACUCAACAACCUGAGGUCCCCGAGUUUCCGGUCUCCAGGCAGUAACUUCAAGAGUGAGGAUAAGACUUCGCCUCAGUAUGGCUCCACGCCCAACUUGUCCUCUGAUCUCCCUGAAGGUUGGACGCUGAAGGUUGGGAUCCGGGCGGUUGGGACGGGCACAUUGCCACGGAACUUCCACUCCGGGGAUGUUAAACACCCUCGAGAUGGCAGUGUCGGGGGGACUACAGCACUGCCCUUACCUUCUUCAGCCUCAUCAGUGUGUUCCUCCUGUGCCCACAUGAGCAACACAACAUUCGAUUCGGGUUUUCUGUCAGACUCCACUUACCCAGAGACAGAGAUGACAGAUUCUGCGGUGGACAGUAAUGGAACAGAGGGCAGCACCACCUCACCGUCGGAGGAGUGUAGACAGGGUAAAAAGUGUUACUCACAAGUCAGGGUGUUGCUGCAUCAAGACAACCCGACUUAUGGGUGCGUGGCUCAAGUCCCCUCGGCGUCCCAGGGUAAGGAAGGGACGCGGAAGGUGAGCAGCGUCACCCUCAAGAUCGAGAACGGCCUCUUCGCCACCGUGAUCAAGGACACCAAGACCCCUAAGGAAGGCCGGGGCAGGGACCGCCGGCCCCUUGACCUCACCUACCCCACGCUGCCUCCACCUCCGGGCUGUAUCAUUGUCAAGCGGCAGAGGCUGGAGGAGGAGGCGGGUGGAGGGUGGAAGACGGCCACCAUGACCACUAGUGGCACCUUCCUGGCCAGGUGUGUCAAGAUAGAAGACUUGAGCAGCCGUGACACAGGGGAGGACAGCCGGGGUGAUGCAGGGGCCACCCGCCAGGCUCCUGAGAGGCGGGAGAGUGGCCGCUUCCCGUCGGCGGCGCGCCUCCUGCGGUCUCUCGCCCGCAGCCGUGACGAUGACUGUGGCGGGGCUCGACCCAGGGACACCUCAGAGCCUAGACUCACCCGCUCUAACCCUCACUACCACUCGGAGGGUAAGGGCCUCAAGAAGAAGAACAACUGGACCUCCGAGCGUGAGCUGAACAACUCGGCGAGUCCAACACACAAGGAGCGCAGCCACAGCUUCUGCGAGAAGACCAACACCAAGCGUCGCUACUCCUACCACGACAACAAGAUGCUGAGGGAGGAGGCCCGGGCACGUCUUGACCGCCAGGACGACUCUUGCUCACACAUGGAGGGCUCCAGCCCCACCCUCACCAGUGACCUGACCCCGCCCUCGCCCCCCACGCCCACACCCUCCUCAACUGCCUCCCCGCAUUCACCUUCGCCCGAAAAUCUGAGCGAGAAUAUUUAUGAGAACUUGCCAGCUCAUAUAGGCAGUAGUGAGUUAGUUAUGAACGGUGGGGACCCUGGCGUGAGUCACGGUGCUCCUGAAGGUAGUGUGAUAGAGGCUCACACGAGGCCACUAGACCGAGGGGAGCGUGAGAGGCGCUCCGUGAGGAAGUUAACUAAGGACUCAGGGUACGAGACCUCGCCCUACAGUGAGAGUGACUACGCCAAUAUUGACCUUUACUCUGACGCGGACGCCACCCUGGACGGUGACGGUGAUGACGUCACACUGGCACCCGAGUCUGAACUGGCACCUCCCUCACCUCUCCUGGACAUUGCCAACCCCGCCCCCCACACCGACCCCGCCCACCACACCGACCCCGCCCAUCACACCGACUUGCCGCACCACCUCACUCCCAGCAAAACAAGCCCAGAGCCAGGUGCUGUGUUGGUCGCUUAG